AUCAAACAUGGCAGCCCUCUGAUUGGCUGGGUGGCGGUAGAGGGUUGGUCUACACGAAACAUGGCUUCCCUGUCUACUGGUGAGCCUCAAGAAAUGGAAGUGGAUCGGCGUGGCGAGUCUGAAGAGUCAGGAGAUGAAGAAACUCGGAGGAAGAGUAUCAAUGGCGAGCAGGACACCACUCAGCCAUCUACCUCAAAGGAGUCCCCAGUUGAUAUGGAGACGAUAACCCUGGACCCUGAUGAAGAAGAUGUUGAUCUCGUUCACUGUCGCAUUGGGAAGAUCGAAGGAUUGGAGGUGUUACAGAAGGCCAAAACCCUCUCCCUACGCCAGAAUCUCAUCAAAAAAAUAGAAAAUCUAGAUGGCCUAAGAUCACUGCAGGAAUUGGACGUCUACGACAAUCAGAUACGCAAGCUGGAGAACCUCCAGAAUCUCACAGAACUAGAGCAGCUUGACGUUUCCUUUAACGUUUUGAGGAAGAUUGAGGGGCUGGAGCGGCUGACCAGAAUAAAGAAGCUGUUCCUGCUUCACAACAAAAUAAGCACCAUCGCCAACCUGAACCACCUAACCAGUCUGGAGAUGCUGGAGCUGGGCUCCAACCGGAUCCGGAUGAUCGAAAACUUGGACAGCCUGGCCUCUCUGCAGAGCCUGUUCCUGGGAACCAAUAAGAUCACACAGCUACAGCACCUGGAGGGCUUACAUAAUCUCACAGUUCUCAGCAUUCAGAGUAAUCGCAUCACUAAGAUGGAGGGCCUGCAAGGCCUCUGCAACUUGAGGGAGCUUUACCUGAGCCACAACGGCAUCGAACUCAUAGAGGGGCUGGAGAACAAUAAAAAGUUAACGACUUUGGACAUCGCGGCCAAUCGAGUGAAGAAAAUAGAAAAUAUCAGCCACCUGACGGAACUACAAGAAUUCUGGAUGAACGACAACCAGAUAGAGAACUGGUCCGACCUGGACGAGUUGAAAAACGCCAAGACCCUGGAGACAGUGUAUCUGGAGAGGAACCCGCUGCAGAAGGACCCCCAGUACCGACGGAAGAUCAUGCUGGCACUGCCCAGCGUGCGGCAGAUCGACGCCACCUUCAUCCGCUUCUGAGCCGCGGCCUCGCGGAUCCUCCCGCCAUGAGCACUCCCCCCCCUCCCCCGCCCCGUCUCUUUUUCCGAAAUACCAGACCUCACGUUCCAAAACCUGCCUCAUAGACGUCAAACCACACGCACACAAACACGCAAACAUGCACACAACACACGCAUGCAACAGACGCACACACACACACACACACAUACCUACACACGCACAACAGACACACACACACACACACACACACACACACACACACACACACACACACACACACAACCACACAUGCUCCUUCCCCCUUACUUAUACACAAAUAAAAAUGUAUACACUUUGAAGUUAGAGCUCUGCCGUGUUCACCCACUCCAAAAAAAUAAAAACGUGUAUGCAGCCAUGCAUAACUGUAUCUAUGCUGUUGUCUAACAAGAAGUGUGCUGAUUGGAUUGGCUGGAUCUGAAAUUUGUGAAGAGGCAAAGAGGGGAUGCCUCUCAUAUUUCCUAAUUUGUCUCCAGCUAUUAUAUUUUUGCUUGCAUGAUACACUAUUGGAGUCCUCCUCUUUCACCCCCCCCCCCCCCCCCCCACACACACACACACACAUUAUUUUACCACUUUAUGUUUGACGUUUCACUGCAAUCUAAUCAGAGACAAAAUGGGGCAUUUCAAAAGAUUUUGGGAAAGGAGGAGACUUCUACCUCACCAAGUACCAGGUACUUCCCACAAUAGGUACACCAGUUCAUGAAGCAUCUGAGAAUAGAUGACCUUGGGGUGUUGCGCAUUGACACAAAUGAAUACUAUUUGUUUUAGAAUCCUAUUAUUUAGACUAAAACGUCACAGUCCUGUAAAUAUCACAACUCUAAGCUCAAUGGGUCAUUUGUAUUACCCUGGUGGGUAGUCACGAUCUGUUCCAUAAUUUGACAGAUGAAAAUAAAGUCAUAGACCGUGCAUGUGGUUAUUAUGGUAGGCUACUUGUCAAGUCUUGACAGCCUAUUAGAAGUAAAUGUGUAUUCAAAUAAAGAUCAUAUCGCUC